AUGGAGCUGAGUAAGAGUGGAGGAGUAGCUAAGGUGGUGAAGAGUCGUAUCGUCUCUGUUGCCUUCCACCCGUGUAGCAGUCAUCUGCUCAUGGCUGCUGGGGACAAGUUGGGUGGAGUGGGGCUGUGGAACCUGGACUCUGAUAUGGGGGAUGAGGGCGUGCUGCUAUUUGAGCCACGCCGGCCGGUGGCCUGCAUGGCGUUCUCCAGGUCACAUCCUACAGACCUGUUGACCCUCAGCUACGACGGGACGCUACGGAGCACAGACGUGGAGAAAGACGUUUUUGAUGAGGUGUAUCGGAUCAAGGAUGGCUUGAGAACCUUUGACUUCCUGUCACAUGAUUGUUCGACGCUGGUCACCGGGGACUGGUACGGAGACGUUGACAGGCGGACUCCAGGAACCUCUCAUGAGUCCCUCCAUAGCCUGGAUACCAAGACGGUUCGCUGUGUUCACGUCCACCCUGUUCAGAAGCAGUACAUCAUGGUGGCUGAGAACAGUAUUGUGAGCAUUUACGAUGCUCGAUGUUUGAAGGCGUCGUCGAGCGAGCCAGUCUCCCAGCUCUAUGGUCACUCAAAGAGCAUCUCAAUUGCCUACUUCUCUCCUGGCACUGGCAACAGAGUAAUGACCACCUGCCUAGACAACAUCAUCAGGAUUUACGACACCUCGGAACUCACCUCCAGAGCUCCGCUACUGACCUCCAUCCAACAGAACUUGUACACAGGGCGCUGGCUGUCCAAGCUGCAGGCGAUGUGGGACCCCAAGAGGGACGACUGCUUCGUUGUGGGCAGCAUGCAGCGGCCUCGCAGAGUCCAGGUGUUCCAUGAGAGUGGGCAGCUCCAGCACUCCUUCCAGGACCCAGAGAUGACCACCGUGCUCUCAGUCAUAGCCUUCCACCCCACCAGGAACGCUCUACUGGGGGGUACCGCCUCCGGACGGCUGUACGUCUUCACCGACUGAGAGCAGGAUGCCUGUAUGUGUUCGCUG